AUGUCCGAAAAGAUCGAUAACUCUAUCAACAACUCCGACGUUGUCCAAAAAUACAAGACCGCAGGUGAGAUCUCGGGAAAGGUCCUUGCCCAUGUCAAGACUCUCUGUGUUGCUGGAGCCAAGGUCUACGACAUCUGUGUUGCCGGUGAUGAACUCCUCGACUCCAAGCUUGGUGAAAUCUACAACAACAAGAAGACCAGCAAGAUCCCAAAGGGAAUUGCGUUCCCAACCACCGUCUCCCCCAACGAGGUUACUGCCCAUCUCUCGCCCAUCAACGCCGACGAGCCCUCCAACAUUGAGUUGAAGGCCGGUGAUGUUGUCAAGAUCGAGCUCGGUGCUCAUGUUGAUGGUUUUGCCUCCAUCGUUGCUGACACCAUUGUUGUGGAUGCUGCCGGUCCAAUUACUGGCCGUGUGGCUGAUGUGCUUGCUGCUGCCCACUACGCCUCUGAGGCCGCUAUCAGAACCAUGGAGCCAGGCAAGAAGAACUGGGAUGUCACCAGAGUGGUGGACCAAGUCGCCAAGGCCUACGGCUGUGUUGCCCUUGAGGGAAUGCUCUCGCAUAACCAGGAACGUAACAAGUUGAACGGACCAAAGGAGAUCAUCAUCAACCCAUCCGAGCAGCAGAAGGCCUCUGUGGCUGCUAUGAAGUUUGAGGACGCCGAGGUUUACGGUCUUGACAUUCUCAUCUCCACUGGAGACGGAAAGGUCAAGCAAGGAGAGACCAGAACCACCAUCUACAAGUUGACCGGAAACACCUACCAGCUCAAGCUCAAGGCCUCGAGAGCUGUGCUGAACGAGAUCAAGGAGAAGGCCUCUGACUUCCCAUUCUCCACCAGAAACCUCAAUGACCCAACCAAAGGAAGAAUGGGUUUGCAGGAGUGUGUCAACCACAACGUGAUGAACGCUUACGACGUGAUGUACGAGAAGGAGGGUGCCAUCAUCGCCCAGUUCUACACCACUGUUGCUGUGACCAAGAACGGAAACGUGAAGCUCUCGUCCCCCGACUUCGACAUCUCCUCUGUCCAAUCCGACAAGAAGAUCGAAGACCAAGACAUCCUUGACGUGUUGGAGAAGUCCCUCAAGGUCAACAAGAAGAAGGCCAAGAAGGCUGCUGCCGCUGCCUCUGCCUAA